AGCAGGAGGGCGGCACCACCGUGCCACAGGCCUAGCAGUCCAACUGUCAGUCACGUCGUGAGCGCAACCCGGGCAGCAACGAUGGUGAAGACCGUAGGAAAUCUGGAAGAAUUUAAUUCUGAAUUGAAAUCUGCUGGUCCUAAGCUUGUAGUUGUUGACUUCUCGGCCACAUGGUGUGGACCAUGCAAAAUGAUCAAACCUUUUUUUCAUAGUCUUUGUGAGAAGUUCCCAGACGUAGUGUUUCUUGAAGUUGAUGUGGAUGAUGCUCAGGACGUGGCUUCAGAGUGUGCAGUCCAGUGCAUGCCAACAUUCCACUUUUACAAGGAGAGCAAAAAGGUGCAUGAAUUCUCUGGAGCAAACAGAGAGAAGCUGGAAGAGACUAUUGUCAAGCUACGCUGAUCAAAUCGUGUGAACAGUUAAUGUUGACUGUUUAUAUAUAGCCUGUAACUUUUCUACUUAUGGAGUCUAAUCAAGUUAGCUAAAUAUGUAACCAAAAAUUUUGUCCCUUCAGACUGUAAAUGGAUACAAUAAAAUGUAAAUUCUUCACUUA